GACAGUCACUGAGCUGAAUUUACCCCCUCCUCCUUUCCACACCUGCAAAGCCUUCUGCCUGGGUUGAAUAUUUAGUUUAAUUACAUCUCAGCUUUGAGAGCUCCUGUUGCAAAUCCCUGGAUUAAAAGGUCCUGCCGGGCGUCCAUGAACUGAGCCAUGAGGAGGCUGGCUCUGCUCCUUGUACUCCUGCUGCCAGCAUGCUUGGCCAAGCCAUUCCACCAGCAGGGCCUCUUUGACUUUAUGCUGGAGGACGAGGGCUCGGCCGACAUGGCUCCGACGGAUGAUCCCGUCAUCUCCGGCUUCGGGCCCGUGUGCCCCUUCCGCUGCCAGUGCCACCUUCGCGUGGUGCAGUGCUCGGACCUAGGUCUGGAAAAGGUGCCAAAAGACCUUCCCCCAGACACAACCCUGUUGGACUUACAGAACAACAAAAUCACUGAAAUUAAAGAAGGAGAUUUCAAGAACCUGAAGAAUCUUCAUGCAUUGAUCCUUGUCAACAACAAAAUCAGCAAAAUAAGCCCAUUAGCUUUUGCUCCUCUGAAGAAACUGGAAAGACUUUACCUGUCCAAGAACAACCUGAAGGAACUCCCAGAAAACAUGCCGAAGUCUCUCCAGGAGAUACGGGCUCAUGAGAAUGAGAUCUCCAAAUUGAGGAAAGCCGUCUUUAAUGGACUGAAUCAAGUGAUUGUCUUAGAGCUCGGCACCAAUCCAAUCAAGAGCUCAGGCAUUGAGAAUGGAGCUUUCCAGGGCAUGAAGAGGCUCUCCUACAUCCGUAUCGCUGACACCAACAUCACAAGCAUCCCAAAGGGCCUUCCUCCAUCCCUUACUGAGCUUCACCUUGAUGGCAACAAAAUCAGCAAAAUUGAUGCUGAAAGUCUCUCUGGACUCACUAACUUGGCAAAACUGGGUCUCAGUUUCAACAGUAUUUCUUCAGUUGAGAAUGGCUCUCUUAACAAUGUACCUCACCUGAGGGAGCUCCACUUGAACAACAAUGAACUUGUCAGAGUACCCAGUGGACUGGGUGAUCACAAAUACAUACAGGUGGUCUACCUUCAUAACAACAAAAUUGCUUCCAUUGGCAUCAACGACUUCUGCCCCCUUGGCUACAACACCAAGAAGGCCAGCUACUCCGGCGUGAGCCUCUUCAGCAACCCCGUGCAGUACUGGGAGAUCCAGCCCUCUGCCUUCCGGUGUAUCCACGAGCGCUCCGCAGUACAGAUUGGGAAUUACAAAUAGAUCUCUAGGGAUGGGGGUCGGUUGUGUUCCAGCUAAAGUGUCUGUCCUCAUAGGCCUGUUCCAAAAGCCGUUGCUAACAAUUAACGCCAAAUGCCAGAAACUUCACUUUUAAGUGGAGGUGAUCCAUUGAUGUAGAAUUAAUGAGACAUAACAGAUGUACAAGAGCGAGCAUACCACCAAUAAGAAUUGCCCACUGUGCUUUAAACUGACUUAUUUCAGCCUUCUUUUCCAGCAUGCUUUCUGUGGCAUUUUUCAGUUUGCUGAAUGCUGCAGGUUUUCAGAUUCCACUGUAUAUGAAAUUCGGAGUAAAUAUUUGUCAAGUUAUGAUUUAUUAAAAAAAAAAGACAGUGAUUGAGGUUAUUUUUAUAGCCACACACAGAGAAAAAUAGCAGAGGGGAAAAAAGACUCUCAAAUCAUCUUGAGACUUGAGAAGGUAAGAGUUACCUCCUUUAAAUUUAUUUCAAGCCCUGGAGGUUUAAAAAUAUCCACUAUAAGAUAAUUCUGAAUGUAUCUAUUUAGCAGAGGCAAAUAAAGUUGUUGCUAAUGUCAUUAUUUUUGAAAAAAAUAAAUAAAUUUGUAUUUUACACAUAGUUCUUUAAAGUUUGCCAUUCUUCUAGAGCAAUGCUAUUCAGAAUUAGCCUAACAUCAUCCUAAUGAAUAAAAUAUUGAGUAGUCUGCAGUAAAAAACUUGUAACCUAUAUCUGGAGCUCGAUGACUAAAUUUCUCUAGAGCGAAUCCUUCGUACCUUAGUCACAAGAGCAGUUUUUAUGACUGUACUGCCUUGCAGAGUAUGGUAUAAGGGUUUAGUAAUUGUUAUCAGUCCAUGUAUUUGUCUAAAAAAAACCCAUAGCAGUUCACUUUUCACUUGUUCUUCAUUGUACAUUUAUCAACAUCCUUUACUGGUUUUGGUUUUUAAAAAAUGGAAUUAAUUGUGAAGUAGAGAUAUGCAGGCUCCUCUGUCCGACAAAUUUGUGGAAUUUUAACUAUAGAAGCAAAACCAUAAGUAUAGGAAUAUAUGAAGUGAAACAACUGCUAUUGUGGACAUUGUUGAGACAUCAUUUGUAGAUGCAUCUAUUUAGAGUGAUUUGGAGCCCUCUGUAAAUUGGGAUUCUUCAACCCAUACCUGUGGGUAGCAAGCACAUCAAAGGUAGGCUGCACAUAUCUACUGUCAAUCUUCAAAGCUAAACAUAUACUCAAUAAAAACAUCACCUGAAAAAAAUCUUCUGCAGACUCUUAAUACUCCAAAGUCAAUCUCUCUAAUUUGUAAAACUUAUAUGUCAUUUAUAUUAAAGAAUAAUGUAAUACAGGCAAA